AUGGCUCCACCCAAGAAUAUGGCUGCGCUUCAUGACAGGAUUAAGCAAUACGUCAAACUGGAAGAAGACAGACAAGGGGAUCGACAGUUUGCUUCUCAAGAAGGAACAAAAAAGGAAAAGAAGAAGUUUGAAAACAAGAACGGGAAAGAAAAAUACUCGAAGAAGGACCCAAAGCCCACUUCUUACGAGGCGAUCGCAAACAAACCGUAUUUUCGACGGCCAAAUAAGAUGUCAGGGGAUCCGUCCACUCGAAACCAAUCCAAAUGGUGUUCCUAUCAUAGAGACAAAUGUCACAGGACAGAAGAUUGCAGAGAGUUCAAACGACAUUUGGAAGAAUUGGUUCAACAGGGCCAUCUUAAGGAAUUUAUUGACAAAGAAAAAACCGCUGCCGAAAAGAAGGCAGAACCUCAGUCAAAGGAGUGGGGAGAACCUUCACACUACGUGGUUAAUUUUAUUGAUGCAAUGGUACCGGAUGCACAACUUGGUAAUGCGAUAAGGCGAACAGAGUAUAGGAGGGUCCAACACCAACAAGAGGUAAUGCGGAUGGAUCUUAAUCCCAGUUUGGGAACUAAGAGACCAAUGGAGGCAACUGCAAUCACUUUCACCAAGGAAGAUGCAACAGGAGUCAUCUUUCCGCAUAAUGAUGCUCUCGUGAUCUCCCUACAAAUCGGAGCAGCAACAGUGAAGCGAAUGAUAGUAGACCAAGGAAGUUCUACAGAGAUCAUGUAUUAUUCACUCUUCCAGAAGUUAGGGAAAACUCAUGCAGAUUUGAUUCUUGUUCCAACACAUCAGGUGGGCCUUAAUGCGACCCCAGUUUGUCAUCUCGGAAGGAUACGAAUGCCAGUCACGGCAGGUCCAAGAAUAGUUGAGGUGGAUUUCCUUGUUAUAGAUCUACCCUCAACGUAUAAUGCAAUCAUGGGCAGGACUUGGCUUCACUUAAUGGAAGCUGUCCCUUCAUCUUAUCAUCAGAUGCUCAAAUUCCCCUUCGGGGACAAAGUGGUGGAAAUAAGAGGAGACCAAGCUGCCUCAAAAGAAUGUUUUAUGGCAAAAAUAAAGCAAGCAGGAAAAAUAAUGAUGAUGGAAGAAGAGGCUCCAAUCCUAGAGUAA